ACGGUAUUAUGAAAAGGUUGCUCCUCAAGAAGUUCUUCACUUUUGUUUCUUAGAAUGAUGUUCACCAAGCGGGAAGUGGCGGUGGCCAGCGGCUCUGGUUUCGUGGUGUCUGAAGAUGGCCUGAUUGUAACCAAUGCCCACGUGGUAGCCAACAAACACCGGGUGAAGGUGGAGCUUAAGUCCGGCGCCACCUAUGAAGCCAAAAUCAAAGACGUAGAUGAGAAAGCAGACAUCGCUCUCAUCAAGAUAGACGCUCCGAUGAAACUCCCAGUGCUGUUGUUGGGCCGGUCAGCUGAUCUGAGACCAGGCGAGUUUGUGGUUGCUAUCGGAAGUCCGUUCUCCCUUCAAAACACAGUGACCACAGGCAUCGUCAGCACCACCCAGAGAGGGGGCAAAGAGCUGGGCCUGCGAAACUCUGACAUGGACUACAUCCAGACAGAUGCCAUCAUCAAUUACGGUAAUUCAGGAGGGCCCCUGGUGAACCUGGAUGGUGAAGUGAUAGGAAUCAACACCCUGAAGGUGACAGCAGGAAUAUCCUUCGCAAUUCCUUCUGACAAGAUCCGACAGUUCCUGGCCGAGUCUCAUGACAGACAGUCUAAAGGAAAAACAGCCACAAAAAAGAAGUAUAUCGGUGUAAGAAUGAUGACAUUAACCCCAAUACUUGCUAAAGAGCUAAAGGAAGAACAGAGUGAUUUCCCAGAUGUCACCUCUGGAGCGUAUGUCAUUGAAGUUAUCCCCAAAACACCGGCUGAAGUUGGCGGUCUGAAGGAGAGUGACGUCAUAAUCAGCAUUAACGGUCAGAGGAUCACGUCAGCCAGUGAUGUCAGCACGGCUAUCAAGAAAGACGACAGUCUGAGAACAGUGGUACGACGCGGCAAUGAAGACGUCAUCCUCACAAUCAUUCCUGAGGAGAUUGACCCUUGACCUCCCUCAUGCUCACCUAUGAGCUGGUUCUCAGACUUUUACUGAGUGUGUGUCCGGAGCCACACUCCUUCUAGAAACCAUAGUGAACACUUUCCAGUCCAACCAUCAUCCAGCCUGAAUAUUGUUCUCAGCUUAGUGAACUAGCCAGCACUAGAUUCUCAUAUCUAUUUACAAAGGGCUCAUUCUAACAUGGCAUACUAGUGAAUAAACAGGAAAUGUCCUUUCUCACUUUUUCUCCCCAUAUCUUCCAAGUCAUUUUCUGUUUAUUCACUAGUAUGCCAUGUUAGAAUGAGCCCUUUGUAAAUAGAUAUGAGAAUCUAGUGCUGGCUAGUUCACUAACACUCCUAAAUGUAUAUAACUAUGCUGUUCCAAAACCUAGUAAGCUGCCUAAGCUUGUGAUGAGCAGAAUGAUUCCAUUCAAGAUGGUGAAUGAAGCAGGUAAAUGUUGAUUAUAAUCGUAUGUUUUAUUCAUUACUGAAAAGUAUCUACUAAACUAAUUCGAUGUAAUUAAAAAUAAUUGUUUUACCCAUUUUUAUGUGUGCAAUUUAUUUGUAUGCCUCCCUUACGAAAAUUAACCAUGGUUUUAUUAUAUUAAAAGUGUAGUAACCAUGUUUUUU